AUGGAGUUUAAGCACCAUCAGCAGCUCAACCUUGAGCUGGUUCUAGAGCCAUCUUCGCCUUCCUCUUCAGCUCCUGUGAGUCCAAAUUGCGAGGCCGCCAGGGUUUUCUCGUGUAACUAUUGCAAGAGGAAGUUUUAUAGCUCGCAGGCGUUGGGAGGUCACCAAAAUGCUCAUAAGCUGGAGAGGACGUUGGCGAAGAAGAGCAGGGAGAUGAGGGCAUACCGAGGAGACCAUGAAAGCAAUAAUGUUAUGAUGAAGUCAAGCCAUUUGUGGAAAGUUGAGACUCUAACAGCGCCAUCACCUCUAGUAAUUGAUGGUGGGAGAGAUCAGAUAAGGGCUUUUCCAGCUGAUCAAAAUCUCCUUCUUCUUCAUCAUCAUCAUCAAGCUGAUGAUAUUGGCCAUCUUGACUUGUCUUUAAGGCUCUGA